AUGAGUUUGUUGUCGAAGGCAUGGUUGCAGGCAUGGCGCACGCGCCCCAAUUUGGAGCUUUUGUGCAAUAUAUAUUCAGAACCGACUGAUAAAGGCAUUCAAAAAAGGCGAAGUGAUUUCGUAAAUUGCAUCAACACCACCUUGCAACGGUACCGUGAGCACAAGAAUGGUAUUGAUCGUUUAAAGCUUUGUAGCCCUCCAUCUGUAUCGCCUGAGGAUUUCAAUAGAUGGAUCCAAAUUGCUGUGGAAAACGGAGUCAAAAGUCUUGAUAUUGCUGCCUUUGAUAUUGCUGCCCCUUCGGGUUCUGAAUAUUUUGUUUUGGCUCCAACUGUUUUUGAAGCUAAGUCGAUUGCAGAAUUGGAUCUUGGCCAUUUCCAGUUGAAGCCCCAAGCGAUUAAGACGGUAAGGUGUCACAAUCUCCACAAACUUCGGCUUAUGCAUGUGAAAUUAGACGAGGUAUUGUUCCAAAGAAUAUUGUCCAGCUGCCCGUUGAUUCAUUGGUUGACAAUUGUUAACUGUGCGGGUCUUGCCAACGUUAAGGUGACCAAGCUUCAGAAGCUUGAGCGUCUUGAUAUUGUAGCAAAGGGAAGUUGUUCUGUUGAAGUCGAAGCACCAAGUCUUCUGUACUUUAAGUAUGGUAAACUACUUUCCUUCGAGCUAGAACGAACAUCAAGACGUCGCAAGCUUCGGAUGCAUGCCUGUCCAAAUCUAAAGCAUUUGCUGUUGGACGAAAUUGGCAUCACUGACGAGUUUUUCUUAGAUAUCGCAGAAAAAUUCCCACAACUCGAAGAGUUAGAAAUCACAAGCUGGGACGGCGAUUUGGAAAGAAUCAAUAUUUCCAGCCGCUCCAUUAAGCACAUAAGUUUGGAAUCGCACUUGGAACCAGUAGAAGAGGUCCAAAUUGAUGUUCCAAGCCUUGAUUGGUUUGAAUUCACAGGAAGAUCCAUAAACCUGUUUUCUUUCACAGCUCCCUCUGGUCCUUGUGUUUCUAAAAUUAAAUUGGGGUGUAGGGCAUGGCCCUCAGGCCCCUUACCAGUGGCUUCGUGGUUCUCCAAAUUGAAGGACAUGUUGACAAAGCUAAGUCAAUCUAAAGUUUCACUCCAUUUAGACAUUGAUCAACCUGUGUCCAGGUCCACUGCUUUUGAGGUAAGAAAUAGAUCCAUUCUUCUUCCACUGCCUCAAGUUCAAAAGUUGUCCUUAUGUUUUCACAAUAGAUGUUUAGAUACUGAAGACUCAAUUUUAGAUGCUAUCUUCUGGACUUGUCGUCCUAAAACCAUUGCUCAAAAGUGGAACAAUUGCCUGAAGCCAAACAAGAUUCACCUCGCAAAGGUAAUCUAUGAGACGUUCCUUCUGGGAGGAGAAAAUAUUAAGCACACCAACGUGCAGAAAAGGAAGCUUUGGCAGAAUGAUCUGAGGGAUGUAAAGCUCGUGAGAUUUAAAAAGGGCCAAAGAGUGCACUUGUCUAAUUCUCUGGACUGGGAUACUUUUUUGGAAGUAUUCCCGCGUAAAGGGGACCGUCGACGUUUUCGCUAUGAGCUAGAGUGGGAACCAAUAGACGUGGAUCGGAAGCAAAAAGUUUCAAACCCAAAAAGAAGGAAAUUAGAGGAGAGCAGGAAAUAG